AUGACUGUGAAGGCAGAUCGCAACAAUGUCUUUGUGGCGGGCGCUUCAGGAGCCACAGGUAGGCGGGUGGUGCAGGAGCUGCGGAAAAAGGGCUUCAAAGUCCGUGCCGGCGUUCGGGACGCUGAAAAGGCUCGAUCCAGUGGGCUACAAGUGGAUAAUAAGGUGGAGCUGGGCAACUGCAACCUUGUUGAUGCAGCAAAGCAGAAGGGUAUCAGCAAGUUUGUGCUGAUGAGCUCUCUGCUCACAAAUGGGGCGGCCAGUGAGAAGUACCUCAGGAGCAGCGGCCUCGAGUGGACGGUAGUCAGGCCUGGAGGCCUCAGCAACAAGCCUCUUGCAGAGGUGGGCAAUUUGAUUGUGGGCAAGGAAGACACACUGUUUGGGAGGCCCUCCGAUCCUGGAAAGGACAUCUCUCGUGACCUGGUGGCAGCUGUGCUUGUCGAGGCUGUGACUCAGCCUGGAGCCAGCAACAAGGUGGUGGAGAUUGUUUCCAGCAAGGACGCCUCUGAAUUGCCGCCUGACCAAUGGUUUAGCAACAUAUAG